CAAAACGCCAAAGCUUCAAAAGACUGAGCCGUGAUUUCCACCGUUUUCGGACAGAUUUAUCAUUUCUGAUUUCUGCCACUUUUUUUAGUGGGCUAAAGUGCAUUUGUGUCCCUUAUAUUCUGUGGUGUUAAUAUUCAUUUUGACUACCGUAGCUUUUGCGCAUCCAUUCUCCUUAAUGGUCUUCCUUCUGAUGUCGUUACUUUGACUUCUUAUAUUCGUGUUUCACCCUUACGGUUGAGGGGUUUAAUCUUUGGUGAUACUGAGAUACUGGCCAGUUUUGUCGGAUUUCGUGAACGUAAGAUUACAGCAGGAUAUACGACUGAUCAUUUCUCUUGGCAAAACCUUUAGUGUUCGUCGUUGACGGUGAACAUGUCCUAUCCACAGUAUGGGGGAUUUAGUGGCCCAGGAACCCCACCAAUGUUUAAUGGCCGUCCAAAUAUGCUGCCAGCACAAGGCCAGGUUCCUGGCGGACGCAUGCCGUUUGCUCCUGCUCCCUACAUGAAUCCACGUGGCCCAGGUGGUCCACCGCCACAAGGACCAGGGCAGACGGGACCACAGAAUCCUCUGCUGCAGAAUAUUGCUCCAUUCUCUGUCAAUCCCACUCCACAGCCGUAUUUUCCCACUGGGAACGAAUUACCUCCCGUAAAUGGCGUUCCUUAUCCACCCCCGCGCGUUCCCGGCUUCGGCAUGCCCCCGCGUCCACCCGGCGGACCGAUGCCCAUGCCGCCGCAGAUGCCGUUUGGCGCUCCUCCCAUGCCGGGACAAGUGCCCAAUUUCCGUGCCGUGCCUCCGCCAGCCGGCCCGCCAACGUUUGCUAAAGAAGGUAAACGGGAACGGGGUUCUGGCAAGUACGGUUUUCCGGCCGCGCAAGAAUCGAAGGUUAACUAUGAUCCGGAAAGCGUCGUUACAAUAUUUAUUGGGAACAUUGAUGAGCGGGCUUCGGAAAUAUUAAUGCGAAAUCUCAUCCAGAAAUGUGGCAAUGUGGCGAACUGGAAGCGCGUACAUGGAGCGAACAAUAAACUCCAAGCUUUUGGAUUCUGUGAUUUCUUCGACGCUGAGUCCGCCCUUCGUGCCAUUCGUCUGCUGGAUAAGGUGCGGCUGGCCGCCCGGGAUUUACAAGUGAAGAUUGGAAAUAAACAACAUCCACUGAUUCUGGCUUACCAGACCGUGAUGAAAUCCAGGCUGGGUCCGGAUGCCCCGGAGGACGCUGUGGAUGAAGGCACUAAACUGCAGGAUCAGGUGUUGGCACGUGAGAUCCAGAUAAUUAUCGAUGAUCACGAAGAUGAACUGUCCAAACCGCUUCCAGAAGAAAAAGCGUUGGCCGCGAGAAAGAAAUCAGAUAAAGACGCGAGCAUCGAAGAGAUUGAAAUGGAAGACGACAAACGCCAGCUAAUCAGUCGUGAAAUCCAGAAUUUCCGUGAUACUUACAAGGGCUCCGAUGAAGUUUUAGAGGAACGUAUCAAAGCAGCUGGACGGGCCCAGCGGAAACCUGUGGGUGAACGCGGGGAUUCUCCAACCAGCAACGCCUCCGUCGACACCACCUCGGGCAACUCGUCGCAGAAGAGGCCACCCCGGAAAAGCCGUUCGCCCAGUCCCGCGUCCUCCUCAUCAUCCGAGGAGGUCGUCAACGUUCCCAGUCGACGCAGAGACAUUCGGCGCCUAGCAGAACUGGAGAAGGAAUAUCAGGAUCAGCUGGAGAAAUGGUUAGAUAGGGAGAAGAGAGUGUCGCGGGAGCGCGACAAGGAUGACUCUCGGGAACGGUCCAAGCGGUCGGAGGAGAAGAAAAAUGCUAAGAGAUUGAUCAGGGUGUACGAGGAUUACGACGACGACAAAAUGGAUAACGAGUUUUAUGGGGGUAAGGCGUUGGCGAGGCUAAUAAAAGACAGAGAAAAAGAGCUGGAUGCCGACAAGAAAGACCGUGAACGGGAAACGAAAAUGUUGGAAGAGUUGAAACAGCGAUUAAUCGACGAAGGUCGUGACUCGUUCGAAGCAGAAGAGCAUGUGAAAAAAGUGGAGCUGGAACAGAAUGAACAUAUGAUAUCGCAGAACUUCAAGGAAGCCCUCAGUUCCCUCAACGAACCAAAUAGCUCCCUGAACGAGCCCAUUAGUUCCCCGUUGAGUAAAGAAAGUUUGAAGGAUUCUGACGAGAUCAAACAAGAAAGUCAGUCCGAAGGCCUGCCAAAUUCCACGAUCUCCUUCCAACAAGCCACCAGUCGGCUAGCCAAGCGGAUGCAUGGCAGUAAUACGAUGUUCAGUCAGUCGGACGAGGAAGGGGAAGAGCCGGACAAGCGGAAGCGAUUGUUUAGAAACGAUGAGGAGGUGGAUAGGAAGCGCGUCUUGUCGGAUCAACGCAAAGCUCAAGCCAAGCGUCUAAUUGAGAGUAUUCCCACGAGGAAGGAAGAGUUGUUCGAUUAUCCUAUUUCGUGGGAUUCCCUUGAUAAGAGUCUAAUGGAUGGGCGCGUUAAACCGUGGAUUAACAAGAAAAUCCAGGAAUAUAUUGGUGAAGAAGAGCAAACACUGGUAGAAUUUAUCGCACAAAAGAUUAGCAGCCGAGCCACUCCUCGCAGUAUUAUCGGCGACAUAUCGAUGGUGCUGGACGAAGAUGCUGAAAUUUUUGUAGUUAAAUUAUGGAGAUUGUUGGUGUAUGAAACGGAAAUGAAGAAAGCGAUGCCCGCAGAGGCAAAUCACUAAAUGGUGCGUUUUGUUUUUGUGGUAAGCUUUGGGUUGUGUUUUGUCUUCUCAGCAAGAAAAUUUGCUUAAAAUUUUUUCGCGCAAUUUUGCUGUUGUAUUUUUGACGUUUUGAACAAUAACUAUUUUGUCAUCGUUUAUCAUUCCGAUUCGUUUACGGUGGAAGCUAUUUCUGUGACUAUGUAUUGUCAGUUUAUGACAGGACGUGGAAAAUCAUAAGGACAUCUGGUGUACAUAAAACAUUAUACGAUUAA